AGUUCCACAAGACCUUAAACCUUCCCACUAGUUAACGCUUCCCUCAACCUACCUUCAGGCAGGUGAUCCGGGCCCUGUGCAGGAACACGGACAGGGGCGUCCUCCUGACCACUCACUACAUGGCCGAGGCCGAGGCCGUGUGUGACCGAGUGGCCAUCAUGGUGUCGGGGAGGCUGAGGUGCAUCGGUUCCAUCCAACACCUGAAGAGCAAAUUCGGCAAAGAUUACCUGCUGGUGAUGAAGGUGAAGACCCCUGCACAGGUGGAGCCCCUCCACGCAGAGAUUCUCAGGCUUUUCCCCCAGGCUGCUCGGCAGGACAGAUGCUCCACCCUGGUGGUCUACAAGUUGCCUGUUGAGGACGUGCGACCUUUAUCACAGGCUUUCUUCAAAUUAGAGAUGGACUCGUUCCUCCUCACCACCUACACCUUGGGUGAUGCAAACUCCAUUAAGACUCACCUGCCCUUUCCAGGUUGGACUUGCCUCGUGUCUAAGCCCUGUAGCUAGAUGGAGGGAUGGCCAGUUUUGUCUUUUCUCUUAUUUCAUCCUCUCCUUGACUCACAAGCUAAUGUGCUGGGCCUCUCCAGGGCAGAGUGGAAGGGAAGGGAGAGGAGAUGAUAGGCAGGGAAGCCUGACUUGAUCACUGCAGCAGUAACACAGUACCAGGGCCUGCUGUGGAGAAAGGCAGGUGCUGGCUGUUUCUGUCACACGGUGCUUCUGUGGGUCUCGAAGUCUCCCUUUCCCUCCCAUCUGUCACCUCUGACACUG